AUGCUGCAGGAGUGUGUGCCGAUCUUGCCCCAUGGGGCGCUGGGCAGCCCUGCACUUCCAGCGAGAACCGCGGGGUCUGGCAGCUGCUCCGAGGACAAGAUGGAAGGACCGCCCAAGGUUGAGGUUGGCGUGCUGAUCACCCAGAUGGAGAAGGGGACCUUCGUGGCCAGGGGCAGCAUGCCCGAGGAGAUGGUCGCCCUCGUGGAGAAGUACAAGCUGGACCACCGAGCCACCGAGCGCCUGGUGGAGAGCCUGCGGGACCGGAAGGACACGAGGCGGCAGGACCUGAAGGACCUAGACAUCCGGCUCUCCAGCGCCGAGCGGCCCUCUGGGCUGCUUAUGAAGUUGCUGCAGGGCCUCGACGCCGACGGCAAGCUGCCUCCGGCCCCGCGGUCCCUGGGCCUGCCCGGCAGCGCAGGCGGCCACCACCCGCACCGCGACCGCGCGGACGACGAGGACCGCAGGCACAACCGCGACAGGCGCUCCCGCUCCCGCCGGAGGUGA